AUGUGCUACCAAGUCGUUGAGCUGUACGCCGCCUGCCGCUGCCUCUAUUACCAGCACGCCGUCGACCGCUGCCCCUCGUAUGGCCACCACGGCGUCGAGAAGCGCACCAUCUGGGUUGGCUACUCCUGCGCCGCCCACGCCGCCCACCAGGCCGCCGCCGCCAACCACUUCACCCACUCAUCUGACUCUGGCUACAGCAGCUACCGCUCAGCUUCCAAGGGCUUCAACUACCGCCUCGCAGCAGACGACUUUACGACCAUCUAA